AAGAAAACGAAUAAUAAAACAUUUUAAGAUCAUAUAUAAUGGAAUACUUAAUUAAUUAAUAAAAUUAAAGGAAAAUAAAUCUUACUAGACAUUGUAACCUAUGGAAGAGUAUGAGAGACACUUAUUCGCAUGGUGCGGGCGGCUUAUCAUUAAUGAGAGAGAGAAUCAGAAAGGAUAUCAAUAGUCAAGACCAGAGGUCGUCAUCAUCGUCGUCAAGUUGUUCGCGAUGGAACCCAACGAAAGAGCAGAUAAGCACGUUGGAGGAGAUCUAUAACCAGGGAGUGAGAACUCCAAACCCUAAAGAAAUUAAGGAGAUUAUGGAGAGGCUCAAGGUUUAUGGUCCCAUUGAAGGUAAGAACGUCUUCUACUGGUUCCAGAAUCACAAAGCCAGGCAGAGACAGAGGCAAAAAGAUCAUCAUCAACAACAACUACGUCUUCAACAACACCAUCAUCAUCAUCCUUAUUUCAAUCGCUUUCUCAAUUCUAUCUCUCCCCCGAUUUCUCCUACUGUGGUGCGUAGCCCGGCAUAUGGGUUGGUACAGAAUGAAAUUGGGCACUUUCCAAAUCAACACUCAAAUAUGGUGGUAAGCCCAAGGACUGAUCAAGCAUUGCCUGUGAUGAUGAUGCCACCUCAGCCCAUUAGCCCAAGGAUUGAGGAUGUUGUGCCAAUGAUGAUCCCACCUGGGCCCAUCAGCCCAAGAACAUUGGAUCUGUUUCCGCAGCACCCAACUGGCACUUUGGCAGCAGGCAGGGCAAGACAGCAAUCUAAUCAUGAACUUGCAAAUCACAACUUCAUUGACUUUUUUACUUCUCCGGGCCGGGACCAACCUUGACUCAUUGUUAUAUACUACUAAACUCUAACUCUCGGAAGUCUGGAACUGAUUUUUUGCUUCCACAAUUGGAUAGGAUAGUUCGUUAUAAAACUCUUGGACUUUCUUAGUUAGUGCUCUUUUUCUUUUAUCUAUUAUUAAUAGUAUUGAAUCUAGUCUUGUUAAUUCUCAAGCUUAUAUUAUUCAAUGUUAUGCCAUGCCAACUAAUUAGGUAAAAUAUAAGAAAGCGAAAAUGUAAUAUAAACAGGUCAUGCAGCAUGUACGUUAUGUAGUAUAUGAGAAGAUUCUCUGGCACUGAAUCUUGUUCAUGAUGAUAUUUUUCAAUUGAAUAUUUUUGUUUUUAUUUAUUCUGGUCAUAUUUAGCACGGAAAUCAAACAGCAAGAAUACGAAUUGAGAAGCUUCGUAUCGUUACGAGUGGAGCCAAAGCGCUUCACCUUAUUUUAUCUAACUGACUUUUAUUAUUCCAGUAAGUUAUGCUCUUUUGGAUGAGCGUU